CACAAGACAUGAAGUGGUACCUGCUGGCCGUGUGCGUCAUCCUCCUUGGACAAGGAGAAGCUACGCCUGUGGAAGACGUGCAGCCCGGGGCUCCUCAAGGUUUGUUCCGGGCAACCAGCGGUGUAGAGUACGUCAAGGAUGGGGAAGAGCAGAACGACGAUGCUGGCGGGAAUGAUGAAGAUGGUGAUGAAGAAAAUGGCGAUGAUGACGAGAAUAACGAAGAUGAGGACGAGGAGAAUGAUGAUGGUGGCGAAGAUGAUGAGAAUAAGGUAGAGUCCAAAGAGGAAUCAUUCUGGGAAAAGUACAAUGUAAGAAGACCCAAAAACUGGAAAAAGAUGGGCCAUAAGCGAAGGCAUCGUUACAAAAAAGAAAUUAUGGAAAAGGCAGAGAAGCAUGGUAGAUCAGAGAACAAAGGCGGUAAGAAGAUAUCACGGAAGGCAAAGAAGAUGAUGGACAUUGGGAAAGAACUCAUAAAAGGUAGCCAUAAAUUGAAAGAGGCCGGGCAGGAAAUCCGCAGCAUGGCGGAAGACGUUGCACGUAUUGUUAAACGUUUUCGCUCAGAUUAGGUGACCUUGAACUUCACCAGAGGAUCAAUAAAGAUUCAAGAGCAA